GAAAGAACAACAGUAAUAAGCAAAAACAAAAUGAAUUAGACAGCCUUGUCCUUAUCUAACACUAGAAAGAUAGUGAGCUACUCGUUUAUUUGAACUAUAACUUUCAUUUGAGCUUUAGUUCUUUGACUGUCACUAGAUUGUAAAUAAGGGAAGUAGUAUGAGUCAUGGCAAGCAAGAAAUGCAGUGACCUUGUCCGACAAGCACACAGUUCAAGACUUAAACAUGUAUAUAAUGCCCUGGUGGAAAUCAGAAAAACAUUCAUGAAAACACCAAAAGAUGUUGCAGCACUUGUUGGUGCCAGACUGGUUCAGAGACUGUUGGAUCUUAUAAGGUCAAGAGACAGCCUGGAGGAGCAGUACAGGUCAAAGGUCAUUGAUAUAUCAUUGAGCAUUCUGGGUAACAUGUGUAUGGAGGAAGUCACUAGAAAACAGGUAUUAAAAGAUAAAAGAACAGGUGUAACUAUUCUUGUGGAAUUAUUUGAAGAGAUAGAACAGGAGAGCUUACAGAACCGUGCUUGCAGAUGUCUUUCUAACCUUCUGCUAGAUCCCGGUAGCUGGGAGCUUGUGUGUUGCUCCUCAGUGAUUGAGAAGAUUGUCAAGCUUCUGAAGGACACAGAGAAAGAAGAAUAUAAACAGACAUGCAUUAGAGCAUUGAGGUUGCUUGGCCAGACUGGUUCACAUGUUCAGAAGCUUGUUGAGAAAAAUGCAGUCAGUGUUGUCUCAAAGCUCAUUGACAGUGAUAUAGACCCACUCAAGUCAUCUGCUCUUAGAUGUGUACACAGUCUGUCCAUCCAUGGAGGCACUCUUCAUUUUGCUAGUCAGAUAAUAGCUUCUGGACAAAUACCUUAUUUGCUAACACUAGUGAAAGAUUACAAUAUAGAAGCAUUCCAGAUUAUCAAUCGUCUUUGUGAGCACCAUAACUUUAGAGCCGAAUUCGGAAAUGCUGGAGGAAUUACCAUAUUUCAUGAUGGGUUUCAGUCAAAGGAGUUGUUCUGGACAAAUUUAAGAGAAGAUUUACUGAGUGUUUUAUGUUUGUGUUGUAAAGAGGCAGUGAACAGGGUCAAACUUCGGGAUGAGAACAUUCUCAUAUUUUUUAUAAAGUCAUUGUCAGAUGAUAAAUUCAAAAAUUUACAUGCACGAAUCGUAAGUGGUCUAGUAUGCUUCUUGUAUGAUGAGACAAGUUUUGAUGUACUGUUAGAAAAUGGUCUAGUUCCCCUAUUGGUGAAGCAUUUGAAAAGCAAUAUCAUGCAUCUGACAGCAGAUAGUCAAGGUGAGAAAGAAGUAAAGCUGGAAAGCAAUGAAGAGAAAGAAGACGUUCUGAAUAAGGCAAAAUUUGAAAUACAAUCUAACAUUCCUUCUAAUUCCUACCAGAACAUUUCAGAUGAAAGAAAAGCAGAAAAUACUGAAACAGUUCAAGAUACAAAACCAAAGCAAAAUGUUCAAAAAGUUGAAGACACUGAGAAGGAUGUAGAAGUAAGGAGUAAAGAAAGCAGAGAAAUUUAUACCAUACAAAAUAGAUAUAAGCCAGUGUCAGAGUCAGACACAGAGGGGAUUAGGAUAAUAAACCAGCCAAUGUCAGAGUCAGACACAGAGGGGAUUAGGAUAAUAAACCAGCCAGUGUCAGAGUCAGACACAGAGGGGAUUAGGAUAAUAAACCAGCCAAUGUCAGAGUCAGACACAGAGGGGAUUAGGAUAAUAAACCAGCCAGUGUCAGAGUCAGACACAGAGGGGAUUAGGAUAAUAAACCAGCCAAUGUCAGAGUCAGACACAGAGGGGAUUAGGAUAAUAAACCAGCCAAUGUCAGAGUCGGACACAGAGGGGAUUAGGAUAAUAAACCAGCGAAUGUCAGAGUCAGACACAGAGGUGAUUAGGAUAAUAAACCAGCCAAUGUCAGAGUCGGACACAGAGGGGAUUAGGAUAAUAAACCAGCCAAUGUCAGAGUCAGACACAGAGGGGAUUAGGAUAAUUAACCAGAGUGAUGAUAAAACUGAUUGUGAAAAUGAAUGUAAAAAUGUUUCACAUGAAAAAAAGGUUAAUGCUAGGCCUGUGUAUAGUAUAGACAGUCCAAGUUACCAACCAAACAUUGAAUGGGAGUUUGAGGAAAACCAGGGUGCAAAAUGCAUUGAAAGGUUUACUCCACCGCACACAGUAGAUUAUUCUUAUAAAAGCUCCUACAGUCCACUCAGCAAUAGUUCGUAUUAUUCUCCGGGUGGAAGUUCACCAGAAUACAGUCCUCCUUCUUCACCAAAGACUAGUACAUCUUCACAGAGAGCCAGUCGAAAUAUAUUUUCACAAACCAGUCAAGGUAGUUUUCAUGGUAACAGCAUUUUUACUGGCUCUCAGUCUCCAGAAUAUUUGCACCCAAAAUAUACUGGAAUAAGUUGUAGACUUGACAGCCCGUCUGAUAAUCCCGUUACAAGCCAGCAACCAAGACAAUGGUCAAGGUCACCAUAUUCAAGUGAUGCAUCUAGCCCAGAAAGAGGCUCUGAGGAGGAAGUAACUUCAAAUAUGUCACCUGGUGCGGUAUCUUCAAACAGUUUUGAUGAAUUAUCAGAAGAUCCUUUCACUUCUGAGGGCUGCCAUGCAGUUUCUGUAGACAGUCCAACAUCUGAGGGCUGCCAUGCAGUUUCUGUAGACAGUCCAACAAAUGUGGACCAAGAGUCUGUGAAUGCCAGUCUAGUCUUUGACAUACAUUUUGAGAUGAAGGACAAAAAUGCUGAAGACAGUAACAGACAUGGAGAAAACCAGAGAGCUUUUGAUAAAGAAACAAAUGAGAAAAUCAAUGAAAAGUUAAUAGAAUUAAAAGAAAAACUGUUAGAGGAGGAGAAACACCAUACUAGACAGAAGAAAGUUCCUAGUAGUAGUAAUGUAACAGAAUACAAUAUUCUGGUACUGCUGUCCAGGGUAUCCCAAAUGACUGAUCCCACGAUGCAUCUGGUAACUAAGGAAGUAAUACACUGUUUGUUUGACUACAUGAGUAUAAUGGAAUUUCCAUUAGCAAGGUGUCCCAGACUGUUGUCUCGUGUUUUCAGAAAUCCAUUAUGCUUUAAUAAGCUUAUGACAUAUGGUGUUCCAAGUAUGAUCUUUGACAAUUUUCUGAAGUUUGAAGACUUAGAUACUUUGACAGUAGAUAUACAUCACUCCAGGAAGACAAUUAAAAGAAAGUCUAUCUAUGGAAAAGCAGAAAUUCAUCAUGAAAUUUCAACAGAUUCAGAUAGAUUUUCUUUCAGUGACGAUUCCUCUCAGGAAGAAAAACAGGCACACAAGAGGAGGCGACUUUCAGAGGAUACAGAAAAUCCAAAACGGUCACAUUCCUUUAAAGGACAAUAUCACAAACAAGAGGAAGGUAUUUGUAAUACGGGUAAAAGUGCUAUGGCUUUCCUGGAAGAUCUCAGUGGGAUUGUAGACUCGAACUAUGGUAGGGGUGCUAUAGACAGACUACUGCACACAGCACCGAGAGACCAAAUUGUUGAGCUCUGUAUUAAUAUUCUAUCUAUUACUUGGACUCAAGCAUCUAGACAGUAUUUCUUCAACCAGAGAGAGAUACUAGAUCAAGUGCUCAGUGUUCUUCAGCCAUACAGUGACGUGGAUUAUUCACAGAUUGUCCAUGCUGUAAACAGCCUAAGACUUCUUGUACAUGCUAUUGGCACAAAGAGUAAAUAUCAAAUAGUGAGACACAAGCAUUCAAAAAGGGAAGACACAGAACAAUCUACCUCAAGGCAUGCUUCUAGAAAAAUUAGUUCUAACAGAGGUAAUUCUGCCACCUGUGACAACGUUUUUCUUGAGGAAAUAAUGCAGGAAAAUCAAGAAACAAAGCUUCUGUCAGAUUUACAGGGAAAGGGUACUGACUUAGAUAGGUCAAGGUCAUGCUGUUUGUUGAACACGUCAGUAACUAUGGAUACUGUGUUUGUCGUUCAGAAUGAAAAAGUUUCAGCCAGUAGAGGAAGACUAGUAGAAAAGUCUGAAAUAUUUGCAGCCAUGUUGGAAGGUCAUUAUUCCGAAGCGCAGUCAUCAGAGAUAAAAAUUCCAGAAUCGUCCAAGUUUGCAUUUAAAUAUUUAAUACAUCACCUUCAUGGAUGCAAACAAGGACAGUGCACAUAUAUUGACCAACUUUAUUACCAGGAGGUGAAUAAACAAUCAGCUGAGCAAUGUAUUGCUUUACUAGAAGAAGCAAACAAAUAUAUGGUGACCAAACUGUGUGAUAUGGCUAGCGAAUGCCUGUUAUUAAGGUAUGUAAUACCCGAGUCAGCAUUUCUGGUGCUGAAGUCUGCAGUACUGCAUAGAAAAGAUAAUUUACUGAAAGCAUCAGUGUCCUGUGUUUUCUAUGACAGCAGCAGUGUCAAAGAAGUUCUAGGACAUAUGUGCGAAAUUUUAAGCUCAUGUUACGGAGACGUAUUUCUAGUAACCUUAAGAGAAAUAUUAACCGAGUAGCCUGGAUACAAACUGUACAAGGUUAUAUAAAAAUAUUCUGUCUCAGUUUACGGGAUUAUCUAGGUACUCACAAUGAGAGCCUGUAUAAAUUGUUAAAGAUAUUGUUUAUAAAUUUGAGAGAUAUAUGUAAUGUAGUUUGAAAUAGUAUUUUGACUUUCUGCACUGCAAAUCUAUAGCUGAUAAUAUUGUACUUGCUUGUUGAAAACAGAAUAAUGUUAGUACAAAUUUUUGUCAGACUUUUGCAUGUUUAUUACCUAAUGAAAUUUAUGUGAUCUGAAUGCAGUAAUUAUUUUUUCUAAAGCAUACAUACAUGUAGCUAACAUAUUAUUGAAUAAUUUUUUGUAACAUGAUCUGUGAAAUGUCAUGUAGAAAAUAGAAGAUUGCAAAGAUUGUUUUCUUAUUGAAGACAAGGUCGGAUAAUGAACCCAAGAUAACACUAGUUCACUCCAUUAUCAGCUUUACUGAUCAUUAUGUGUGACAGGUACUAUUAUACUGUGUUAUAUAAAUGUGAGCAAAAAUAGAAACUCAAUCAAAUUA